AUUUGUCAAAAUACAUUUCUCUUAAGCCUUUAUUUUUUUCUACUUAUUCUUUCUUCUACAUAAAUAAUAUAUCACUAAAACAGAAAAAAAUCUGUGGCUAAAUAAAAGUUCAACCAAUAUUACAAUCCUGAUAACCAGGUCAGUUCUAUGUAGGCAUUAAAAAAAUUAAAAAAAACAGAAGCCAAGUAAAAUCUAUAGGAGAGGUACUUUAUAAUGAGUAGAGGAAAUCAAGCAAUUCUUAUCAGUUCUGUACAAUAUGUAACUUGAACUGGUAUUUAGUUCAAAGAUUUUGUUUUAUGUUUUAUUUUACUUGUAGUUUUAGGUAUUCUUUAAUACUCUGUUUGUUUUACUUCAAGUUGUGGUUUCAUAAUAUUAUAUUCUUUAAUACUUCGAUUAUUAAAUUAUUGAAGCCAUUUUCCCAACACUUGUGAUUGGAUUUUAACCACUGACCUCUCUGAACGCCCAAGUAAACCCCGGCGAGGUGCGCCCGCCUAACUAGCGUCUAUGCCCAUUGCUUACUCACAUUUAGUCAAGGUUUAAUAGGAGCACGGGACAGUACAGCAAGGUAGCCCGAAACCAGAGGGUUUAAAUAUUGUCUUGCCUAGAAUGAGUGGAGCUUUGAAAAUAUCGCCUCGACAUGCUCGGUUGUCAGCGUGAUAUCAUACCUUGCUAAUAAUGCCGAACACGUUCAGCGUUGUUAAAAAGUAGAGUAUGAUACGGUAUCAUAGUCAAGUCUAAAAAGGCCCACACUGUUUGUGGGGUUCAUGUCUUGGCGCGGCGUCAGAGGAGAGCCCUGAGCCACACCUCAACCACGAAGCCUUUCUUCCAACUUCAACUGCUUCAAGAUCCCCCGGGCUCCAUCUGUCUGUUCUGCUCCGGCUUUUCACCCUACAAAUCCACCACACAUACUAAUCAUCGACAUGGUACUUGAUAUUCCCCACCCAUUGCACUUCAUGCUCGGCAAUCUUAUUAACCGUAAAUAAAGCUACUUCUCGAAUAUCACAACUUACUACUAAAGUCAAUCCUGACGGAGCGAUUCAAUAGGUGCGAAAUAUUAUUCCCCGAUUACCCCCCCGGAAAGAGAAAGCUAAUUUGGUGCGGAUACAGUGCAACUGCAGCCUCAAUCGAUCAGGUCAUCUCCGACUUUGACGGAGUAACAUUCCACAUUUCCACUCCGGAGACCAAGUCCAAGAUACUUGUUUCCAUCUCUGUUAAAUGCUAUCCAGAUCUCCUCCAGCAUGGAGCUCAGCAGGUCCUCGAACGAGAGUACGGACAAUACAUCACGGAAACGGAGAGCGGAUAUGAUUUUUCCUUGAUGGUUGAUUUGGAAAAUCUCCCGGCAGAACCAGGUCCCCCUCCUUCAUCCCUCUCUGAUUGGUUGUGAUGGUUGUGGUAAGUGAUUACUGACGGAUGUGGAGGGAGGAGGAGUUUGCAGAAGCUAAAGAGGACCUAAUUCGCCGCAUAUCGCUGUUGAAACGUAAUACUAUGGCGGCACCUUUCGAAAAGGCUAUCGAUGAGCACCACCGUCUUGCAGAAGCCUCCAAAGGAUUCAAUCCUGAGAAUGCACCUACAGGGGAGGGGACCGAGGUUAUGGUUAUCCGAUAUAGAGAAGAGGAAGCGAUGUAUAUUCAAGCAUCGCACGAUCGCGUUACAGUUAUUUUUAGUACGGUAUUUAGGGAGGAGACGGAUAGGAUAUUCGGGAAGGUGUUCCUGUCGGUGCGUUUUGGAAUAACUUUCCACUGGGAUUCACUGGGCCGGCUGUGGGAAUUAUUGAUGCCAAUUCUAUCUUUAGGAGUUUGUGGAUGCUCGGCGACGGGCUAUCCAGAAUGCGCCUCAGGUUCUUUACCGAAACGACCCGCCGUUGGAGAUUCGCAAUAUUCCGGGUGUGAAGGAUGAUGGGACUGGAGAUAUUGGAUAUAUUACAUUUGGUAAACUCUCUACAAUAGUUUAUUGGGGGGUUUGUGGCGUUAAUUGACUACAGUCCUCUUCCCCCGCCAUCUCACCCCUCAACGAAGGGAAGAAUCCAUCUCCCACAUCCAGACAUUCCGUGAUUACUUCCACUACCACAUCAAGGCUGCAAAGGUACCUCAAUCCCGGUAUACCUGCCUACAUACAAGAUUAGUUUGUAGCUCACGAAACUAGGCAUACAUGCAUUCUAGAAUGCGCCGCCGCGUGGCGGACUUCCUUAAGGUCCUCAACAGAGCCAAGCCCGAAGUCGAGGAAUCAGAGAAGAAAGAGAAGAAGACUGCCAGCGGAAGGAGCUUCCGUGUCCAAACCUAGAUUUUGUAAGCCUUUUUUUCUCCUAGUUUUAAUGAUCACGUAGCCUUUUGCCCCUUGAUAUGCGGACGUGAUUGGGGGGUGGACUGGGAAGACAAGGCAAAAGAUAAUUUAGGGUUUUUUUUGUAAAAAUAAAAUAAAAAACAAGUGGCGGUUUGGUGGAG